AUGGGCUGGUUUUCCACACCUGCACUCCUAACUUGGCUUCUUCUUCAGGUGGUCUGGAGUCAGCCUGCUCUGGAGACAACUGAAAUAGAUGUAGACGGAGGAAUUGAUCAAGACAUCUUUGACAUCAAUGAAGCUUUAGGACUAGAUCUUUUUGAGGGAGACAUCAAACUUGACCGGGAACGAAGCUCCAUCAUUGGUGACAACUAUCGGUGGCCCCACGUUAUUCCCUACGUCCUUGAAGAUAGCCUGGAAAUGAAUGCUAAGGGACUCAUCCUCAAGGCAUUUGAACAGUAUCGACUAAAAACCUGUAUUGACUUCAAACCAUGGGGAGGGGAGAAGAAUUAUAUAUCUGUCUUCAAAGGAAGUGGCUGCUGGUCCUUAGUGGGGAACCACCAAGUGGGGAUGCAGCAGCUCUCCAUCGGAGCCAACUGUGACAGGAUUGGGACGAUCCAGCAUGAGUUCCUGCAUGCCCUGGGAUUCUGGCAUGAGCAGUCACGGUCCGACCGGGAUGACUAUGUGUCCAUCAUGUGGGACAGGAUUCGGCCUGGUAAAGAACAUAAUUUCCAAAAAUAUGAUGAUAAAACAUCAGACUCCCUGAAUGUUCCCUAUGACUACACUUCUGUGAUGCACUAUAGCCAAAAUGCAUUCAGGAACGGGACUGAACCCACCAUCGUCACUGACAUACCGGACUUCAUGGAUGUAAUAGGACAGCGAAUGGAUUUCAGCGAUUAUGAUGUCCAGAAACUGAACCGGCUGUACAAUUGCUCCUCCUCCCUAAGUUUCAUGGACACAUGCAGUUUUGAACUUGAAAAUAUAUGUGGCAUGAUUCAAAGUUCAGAGGAUAACAGUGAUUGGCAGCGAGUGUCUCAGGUUCCUGCUGGGCCAAAUACUGAUCACACUAAUAUGGGAGAAUGCGAAGAUUCUGGCUUCUUCAUGCAUUUCAACACCAGCGCUGGAGCAGAGGGAAGCGAAGCUAUCCUGGAGAGCCGAAUUCUGUAUCCCAAAAGGGGCUUUCAGUGCUUACAAUUCUAUUUCUAUAACAGUGGUCACGAAAGCGACCGUCUGUAUGUCUGGGUCAGGGAGUAUACUUCAGCCCAUCCGAAUGGUACUUUGAGACUCAUUGAAGAGAUAAAAGGUUCACCUGCGACUUACUGGCAGCUCCAUCAUGUUUCUUUGAAUGCCACAAGUAAAUUUCGGGUUGUGUUUCAAGGCGUGAGAGGAAGUGGCUUAUCAAACGGGGGCCUCUCUAUUGACGACAUCAAUUUGUCAGAAACUCAGUGUCCCCACCACGUCUGGCAUAUCAGAAAUUUCACACAUCUCCUCAACACAAAUGUAGCAGGGGCAGAAGGAGUAAUAUACAGUCCACCUUUUUACUCUAGUAAAGGGUACGCUUUUCAAGUCAGCUUGUAUGUAAAUGGUACCACUAAUCCGUUUAAUUUAGCAGUGUACUUGCACUUGAUUUCUGGAGCAAAUGAUGAUCAGUUGCAAUGGCCCUGUGCAUGGCAACAAGGUACCAUGCUUCUGCUUGACCAGCAUCCUGAUAUUCGUCAACGGAUGUCAAACCAAAGAAGUAUAACAACUGACCCUCAGGAAUUAUCAGGAAAUUCCUCAACUUAUUUUUGGGAUAGACCAGAUAAAGUGGGAUCCGUGGCAUAUUUUCCCAAUGGAACUGCAUUCAUGAGAUCUCCAGGACGUGGAACGAGUGCAUUCAUAACUCAUCAGAGACUUAGAAGCCGCAGCUUUAUUAAAGAAGACAGUGUUUUUAUUCUUUUAACAAUGGAAGAUAUAUCACAUCUACUGUCGACUCAGCCAAGUGUUCCACCCACCUUUGUUACAUCCACUGCCACCACCAAGCCUACCGCCACCACCAAGCCUACCACCACCACAACACCCACCACAACACCCACCACAACAGCCUCUGUCACCCCGACCAAAAAGCCAGAGAUAGAGGUUCCCAAUUUAUGCCCAGAAAACCCUUGUGAAAAUGGUGGUGUCUGCAUUAUUGUAGAUAGAUCACCGGUGUGCAGAUGUCCAGCAGGUGACGACUGGUGGUACAUGGGAGAAAAGUGUGAAAGGAAAGGCACAACUCAAGAAAAUAUUGUAAUAGCUGUUUCUUCAACCGUAACUGUAUUUGUUGUAAUGCUUAUUAUCACUAUCACAACUGCAGUGUGCCUUAAAAAGAAAUACAGCCACGGAAAGAAAGAUGGUGAGACCCUAACUCUAGAAGUGGCAGCAAGCCCAUUUCAAGGCUUUGUUGCCAAAAACCACCACAGGCUGGCGUGCAGGAGCUCAGGUUAUGCCAACAGUAUUGGUGUGUAA